GGCCCGCGGGCCAAAUGAAAAUGUACGGCGGGCCGGAUUAAAAAAAAACUUAUUUGGCCUGCGGGCCAUAGUGGAGCAGACCUUUUCUGAAUGUUAAUAUAUAAAUAUGAAGUUUGAAUGCGUAUGCAAAUGUCUGAAGUACAACUACAAAUAUUAGCUUGAUAACAGCAUGGAAAUGCGCUAGGUUACGGCAUAGGCAAAUAGACGCUUAUGGGAACGUUUCUAAUUCAUGUCGACGACAAGUAUCUCUCGACAGGGUUGCUUUAGUUGAGAUUAAAUUCACACGGGCGGCAAUUUAUCUGCAAAAUGUGUGCGUUAGCAAAACAAACCCCCCACUUGAGAUGAUGGGGGGGGGGGGUCUGUGAAAGGCGGACAAUCAAAGGCUGCUAUUUUAAUCCGGGCUGCCUCAGAGAUUAGCCCACCACAUUGUUGUAAUUGUUUUAAACGGGAGGGAGUGAAACGCUCGCUUGUAGGGGGAUCCUUGGCAUAAAUCUCUCAAGUUCAAUAGUUUCAAAAACUUGAGACCCCCCCCCCCCUCUUUCCCCGGCCCUCCCUCAUCCCACCUAAUCCUAGCUAAUACCUUUCUUUCUAUUGGCUAAUAGCGGAGAGGAGCUUGGCUAAAUGCUUCUUAAAUAGUCGAGGCUGAGAAUGUUUGCAGGGUAUCAUACUGGGAGUGCAGCUGAGCCGGACUGGGAUGUACUGGAUCUGGGGACACACACUGGACUACGACUUACUGGGAACUAGCAACAAACUUCUCAAAAGCCAAGAUUUACAUCUCAGAUGAAUAUGAACUCCCUGAGCGGCGUGUUCCCACUGCAUGGUGUCAACAACAUCCUGCUGGAGCUCCACCAGCAGAUGGCGCAGCAGUACAGCGUCUACUCGGCAGCCAGUCCCGCGGUGCGCACCCUGUCGGUGGCUGAGAGACUUGCAGAACUUAUAUUGGAGGCCCGCUACGGGAACCAGCAGAAGCAACGCCGCAGCCGCACAGCGUUCACCGUGUCCCAGCUGCAAGCUCUGGAGAAAGCCUUCGAGCAGACCCAGUAUCCUGACAUCAGCAUGAGGGAGAGGCUAGCCGUGUGCAUCAACCUGCCCGAGGCUCGCAUUCAGGUGUGGUUCAAGAACCGAAGAGCAAAGUUCCGCAAAGGUCAAAGAUGCCCCAUCCUUUCCAAAGAGGAGAAGAAGCUGAGGGACGACGGGACGGACGGACAAGACACGGACACGUCGCCCACUGAAAGCGACAUCCCACUCAGGCCAUCUCUGCCCCGCCCUCCCGUGUCAGAUAAAAGACGAGAACUUUGCCCUUGUACAGACGCUCAUCUGGUCUCCAGGUGUCGUCCCGUGCGACGAUCCCCUCCGCUUUUCCCUUUCAUCCCAGGCCAGACUUACAACCACACGCCUCGCCAGCCGUUUUUCGGAAUGCUGUCCACAGAGUUUGUCGCUCCGUCGGAGUUCUGGCAUCUUUACACAGCAGCGUAGCUCCUGGUCUGGGGACUCCUCUUUCGGGCGUUACGAAAAACUGCAACAUUUCUCGAAAAACUGUGUCCACCAGCAGAUGAGGAGUUAACGAGAGUCACUGCCACGCCCAUAAAAAAUGUCUGUUUUUUUUCCCCCUCAAACCCUCCUGCAAGCUUAAUAUUGACAUUCUACUCCGAUUUUGGAUCAACAUUUGCUAUAAGAAUGACUUCCAAGCAGCUUCACAACCCCUGUCUCGCUUGACUGUGUCUAAUAACUGCAUAAAUAUUAAACAGAUAAUAAAAUAAUUGUUUUUUUAAACCAAAAAUCCACGAAUUUUUUAAUGCUGAAUCUCGAAAGUGCGCAUCACUAUUUAGGUAAACAAUACCGAAUAAUUUUGUUACAGGCAAAUUUACGACUUCAUUCUUGUGAUAUGAUUACCUUGUUCUGUUCUCGUAAAAUUACAACUUUAUUCUUCAAGUUAUUUCCUUUCAACUUAAAUAGCCAAAAACUUACCACUUCCACACGGAUAAGGAGGAUAACUAUUAAGAGUUAUUUAACCUUUAACAUGAACAUUAAUCAAACGUAAUCAUUUUUUCUGGGUACAUGAUACCAUACAGCAUCCAUAUCAAACUUGCGCGGGCCGCACUAACAUUAAACUUUUAUAUCAAGGCGGGGGCCGCAAACUAGUGUCCUGCGGGCCACAUUUGGCCCGCGGGCCGCGUGUUUGAGACCCCUGCUUUAAUAAUAAUUUUAUUUUACAGGCAAAUUUACGGCUUCAUUCUUGUGAUAUGAUUACCUUGUUCUCGUAAAAUUACGACUUUAUUCUUGUAAAUGUAUUCAUUUAAAUAAUAAUUAAAAAAACAAUUAAUAAAAACGGGACCACCAGCACAUGGGGAAUUAACGAGAGUCACUGCCUCGCCCAUAAAAAUGGUCUGGUUUUAACACGUGACGAGUUCCCCCUCCACCUCAAACCCUCCUGCAAGCUUAAUAUUGACAUUCUACUCCAAUUUUGGAUCAACAUUUGCUAUAAGAAUGACUUCCAAGCAGCUUCAGAACCCCUGUCUUGCUUGACUGUGUCUAAUAACUGCAUAAAUAUUAAACAAAUAAUAAAAUAAUUUUUUUGUUUUUUUUAACCAAAAAUCCACAAUUUUUUUUAAUGCUAAACUGUGUCGUUCCUUUCUCACAAGGGAUUGAAACUCGGUGACAAUGUGGAGACAUCUGCUGCCUUGCAUUAUACAGCAUGCCUGCCUUUUUCUAAGGAAUCACUUUUGAACAUAUAGGUGUGAUAUACACUAUAUGUACUGUAUCUAUAGUUGCACUGCUACAUAUUGUGA